GAGUGGGCAUCUCCGGACCAGCACUUCUCUGUGCCUCAUCCAGAGAAGUAAACAUGGACGAAUGGGCGCCUCGGGCACUUCUGUGAUGUUGCUGUAAGAAUGCCGCCGCCGCGGAUUUCCCGAAUCUUCGCCUUUACGCUUCUGUUGUGCGGCGUUUGGCUGAAAUCCGCAGCGCAGCGUGGAGCAUUUGAAGUGUUGAUUAAAGUCCAGAUCUUUGACAAUGGUGACCUUUCAUCUCUGAAAGAAGCUGCAGUUCAGGUGCAUGGGAACCAAUCCAUCUUGGCAUCUGGCCUCACAGGGGAGGACGGUAUUGUCACGGUUAACUUCCUGUACCGCCCAGGAACUUGGGUCAUUGUCUCAGCCUCCAAGCAUGGAUUUGUGACCAACUCUGCACCUUGGCAUGCCAACCGCAUCCCCUUGUAUGCUUCAGUGAGCCUUUAUCUGCUUCCCCAAAGGCCAGCUACACUGCUUCUCUAUGAUGAUGUGGUUCAGCUCCUGCUUGGUUCUCCAGGUUCCAAAAAUCAUCCAUGGGUACAGCUCCAGAGAAAAGCCAUUGGACCCACAGUCAACGCCUCCCAAGUCACUCUCUCGGCCAUGCUCACAUCCACAAGGAGCCAGUAUGAGCUUGGUGGCUUUCCCUACCCCAUCGGCCUGGAGAACAACAGCACAGGCUUGAACAAUAGCUGGGUAGAGCUGACUGCAGUGGCUGCAGUUUGUGCCACGCUCACUGGACCCAAUGGCACUGAGGUGCAGGUGUCAGAACCCAUCCAUGUUUCUGUCCCGCUUCCCUCAGACUCACCCCUCAAAUCUGCUACCAGUGUCCCCGUCUGGAGGUUUGAGGACAGGACAGGUCUUUGGAUUAGAAGUGGUGUGGGCUACAUUAAAAAAGAUGGGUCUCACAUGACCUGGAGUUUUGUGGCUUCACAUUUAGGAUACUGUCUUGCAGCUUUUCCAUCUGCUGGAGGCAAAGUGCUGAACAACUCUGGCCUCAGAGAUAUCACUACCUACCACACCAUCUUCCUUCUGACAAUUCUGGGUUUUAUGGCCUUACUGGUUCUCAUCCUGCUCUGCAUGUUGCUCUACCACUGCAGGAGGAGAUGCCUGAAACCCAGGCAACAUCGCCGUAAAAUGUAUAUCUCAUCUACUCUGGAGAGUGCCAAAAGGGACCAGGGUACAUCCACUUCCCAUCUUAACCUCAUAAGUGGAGGACAUUUGGAGACAACUUCCUCCACUGGAGCUGGUGUGAAAUCAGACCUGUCCUCUACAAAGGACUUGCACAGCUCAAGGGAAGACUUUUUCAGGCGCAAGCAACGCAAUUCCAAGGGGAACAGCAAACAAGGCGAGAGCUUCCCACUGCAUGUCUUGUGUUCUAACAAUACCAACAACUUAGAUCUCCUUCUGCAAGAUGACCAUAGCAUCAGUUAUAGUCCAACAAAUAAUUCUGAUGAUCUUAGGAGCCAUCGUCAUCCCCAUAAUGCCAAGGACAACCAAGGUUAUACAUCUGAUCCUCCUUCUCCCCCACAGCUGCUCCCAUUUGCUGGUCUCUACCAGGAGCAAAGACGGGACAGCAAGCCCCCAGAGUACUCUGCCUCUCAGGCUGCAGAUAAUUUAAACAGACCUGUCUCCAUGAAUGCACAGCCAGGCCAACUCGUCUUCUGCCAUUCCAUGGAGCAAAUGAAGGACAGCAUGUACCACAGUGUUGUUCCCACUUUAGUCAUCCCAGCACAUUACAUGCGCCUCUCCACAGAUCUGUCAUCCAUGGAACAGGCUGUGGAAAGGCAGCAGCAGCUGCAGCAUGAUAUGGAGGCCAUACAGGUAAGCAUGACAUUACCUUGCCAGCAGAGUCAACAGCAGCAGCAGGAUGCCAAGCUGCAGAAUGAGACAGAAAAUGCUAACCAGCAAGGAGAGGAGUCAGUGUCUCAGAACUGGAAUUCAGAUGCCUCCACCAGCCCAGUCCACAUCCCUGUGCUUUUCAACGAAUCUACCAUGACACAGAUGAAUGGAGAGCUGAAGGCUCUCACGGAGAAGAAGCUACUGGAACUGGGUGUAAAGCCUCAUCCUCUGGCCUGGUUUGUGUCCCUUGAUGGCCGUGCCAAUUCACUAGUCCGGCACUCCUACAUCGAGCUGGGUAAUGAGCCUCUACGGGCACCCCAAGAGCACCAUGCAGAGACAUACCCUGGGAACGCAGGAAGGUCUUCCCAGAGAAAAAGCAAAGAGGAAAGAAAAGCAAGGGAAGGAGGUGAGCGAAAGGGCCAUGGCAAGAUCUACUCUAAGCUCCCAGUCAUUGACAGCACUAAGCCCAGCACCAGCAGUGAAAGCCACAAAGGCCCCUACCCACCAGAGGAUGGAUCAAUGGCACCACUACUUGAUGACACUCCAGAGGUCAAGGGUGGAACAUUUCCACGUAAAGGACGCAGCCGGGACUACAGUGGCCACAGUAGCAACACAGAAGACCGCAGGGAUUUGGAGACCAGCCCUGAUGACGAUGACAAUGAUGGAGAUGACAAGGACGAUGAAGGCGAGAACAAGAAGAGCCCGUGGCAGAGGCGUGAAGAGAGACCACUUAUGGUAUUCAAUGUCAAGUAGUCCCCGCAAGCAUUCCACCAUGGACUCUUCAGUUUUCUUGUCUGGCACUAUUACAUUAAGUAGGGCAACAUGGUAUUGCAGUCAAGAAUCAUCAUGGAACUUUGUCUACACUGUUGCUUCUUACUGUGAGUCUCUUGACUCACUCAUCAACAAAAAAAAUGCACUGUUGCUUUUCUUGUGGACCAGUUUACAGAAGACAUAGUCAGAGAUGCAUCACCCCACCAGUAGAGACAAUAUGAUUUUAAAUGUGACUUGCCUCUACUGGACAGCAAGUACUCAAGGUUAAUUCUUUUGAAUGCCCUGCAAGUGUAUUUUUGUAGGAUGUCAACACCACUAAACCAGACUAUGCUAUUUUUUAAGCCUAGUUUAUUUCUUGAAAUAAUUUGGUGUGGUUUACUUUCUGAAAAAAUGUGACUACCCUGAAAAUGAUGUUCCUUCUUUAACGGUCACUUCUGCACUCUACUAGGAAUCACUAUGAGCCAUUUUUAAACUUAUUCGACAUAAUCCAUGGGCCUUAAAGAAUUUCUCAAAGGAGAGCGAGUGCCCAAAAAUUAAGAAGUGUUAAAAAGACAUAACAACUGAACUGUGGAAGGUCUGGAUAUGUUCAGGCUUUCAUGAAAAUUUGGUUUUUAAAUAAUUGGUAAGAAAAUAGAGAUGUAUAUGUGUCUGAAUCAAACCAUAACAAAAGGGAGCAAAAUAUGGCUGAGUUAAUGUGUUUAUUCUAAACAUGACUUUCAUAAUGAAACAAAUUAAAAACACUUUAGGAUAUUAAAUGGAACUUUGUCUUAGAGUUUAACUGGCAGUUUGUAUUUUCAAAGCUGAUUUUUACUGUCCAAUAACUCUAUGCUAUGACAGGCCAUAUAUAUAUAUAUAUAUAUAUAUUGUCACAUCCUCAAGAAACAUCCUUAUAUUGUAUGACAACUUGCAUACGCUGACAAUAACUAUGGCUGACAUAAAGCCUGUUACAUUAGUUGUCUUUUCAUUUUUUUAUUAAAAGAAGAAAUCUGUGUCAUCCGUAGUUUAAUAGAGACCAAAAUGGAUAUACAAAAAAGCUUUGUUUAUUACAAUCAAUAAAGUGCUGAAAUAUACAAUACAGCUUAUUUUUCCAGGGGAUAUGUGACAGCAGGAUAAAGCUGAAUUAAAUCAUUUUAAGGAUCAACUUCAUAUUUUUCCCCUUAAAAGUUCUUUCCUGGCAUAAUGUGGUCAUAAGCUGGUCUAAAUCAAGCAUAGACAUGCUUGUACUUGGCUGUGGUUCUUGCACUUGGUAUAAAAAGACACUUGUAAUGCUAGACUACUUCUACUGUCAAGAAGCAUUCUCCUAGUUUUGCAUUUUGGAAUGGUGAUGCAUGAAUGCUUUUACACUACAGGAAAAUUAUCAGGUAUUUUUUUUAACAUGAUUAAGUAUUGCUUAGUCAAGCGUGCUUACUAAACUUUGUGAACCACUUGUUUAAUAAUAGUGUAGUAAACUUAUAGUUUGGCCUCAUGUGUUAUUUUGUCUGUUUUCUGAUAAUGACAUUAUCUUACGUGUAAGAUGUACUAAUCUCUUAAGUGUUUCAAAUAAUUGUUUUUUUUGUUGCGUUGUGUCUUUAAAUAUCACACUUUUUAGAAUAUAAAUCAAUAAAUGCUACCCAUAGCAUGCCAAAGUACACACAAUUUAAAGUAAGAAUGAUGUACUAACAACCUGCCAUCUUAUCUGUCACAUUCUGUUUCUCUUGCUGCCUAUAAAGUGCCUUUCUGUGUCAGAAUCAGCCCCAGUCUUGCUGGUUUCACAUAGCUAUGUUAUUCAAAAUGACAAUCUGACAUAAAGGGCCACAUACAAAUAAGACAAGACGUCUGCACUGUCUUUCUUUUUGCUUCAGCAAGGCAUAUCCUGUGUCUAAUAAACCAACAUGAAAACA